AUGAGCUACAAAUCAAUGAUCUUGUCCGCUUUCGUCUACACUGCUCUGACAGCCAAGGCGGAUAUCCCUCGAUAUGCUCAAAAGAUUGAUCCCCGUUCUUUUGCUGUAUUAGACAGUGUACCUACAGGCACUCAAUUUAAUGGGACUUCGCAUUUCAUACCACCUGGAACGACUUCGGAUUCAUUAAAAGCGAAACCAUUCCAUAUCUACGACGAUGCAUUCUACGAUAUCAUAGGUUCAGAUCCUACGUUGACGUUGCUCGCCCAGACGGAGACGGAUCCUAUCUUUCACGAAGCAGUGGUAUGGCACCCCGAAACCAAUUCUGUAUACUUCGCGCAGAAUGCUGGACCAGUGGCUGCCGGUACGGGUUUAAACAAGUCAGCGAUCGUACAGAAGAUAUACCUUGACGAGGCAGAUAAGAUAGUAGCUCAAGGGAAUGGAAGUGGUUUCGUCAAUGUCACAACCGUCAAUUCAGGUCAACAGGUUAUCAAUCCAAAUGGUGGUACCAACUUCAGAGGUAGAAUAGUCUUUACAGGUGAAGGGCAAGGUGAUAACAUUGCACCGGCCAUGUACCUGGUCGAUCCAAACAAUAACGACAAUACCACUGUAAUCUUGAAUAAUUUCUUCGGAAGACAAUAUGAUUCCCUCAAUGAUGUCGCUGUUAAUCCUCGAAAUCACGAGUUGUACUUUACAGAUGGACCUUUUGGCUGGGUGCAGAAUUUCCGACCUAAUCCUGUUUUGCCUACUCAAGUUUAUAGGUUCAAUUAUGAUACUGGUGUGGUAAGAGCGGUGGCAGAUGGGUUCCAUAUGACUAACGGUGUUACAUUUUCACCUGAUGGAAUGUACGCGUAUGUGACUGAUACCGGAUUGAGCUCUGGGUUCUGGGGAUAUAACUAUACCAACCCGUCAACCAUCUAUCGAUACGAUGUGAAUGACGAUGGUAAUUUCUCCAACCGUCAAUUAUUCGCCUAUAAUGAAAUCAGAGUACCAGAUGGUAUCCACUGCGACAAACAAGGAAACGUCUACGUAGGUAACGGAGACGGUAUAAACGUCUACAAGCCCGAUGGACUAUUAAUCGGUAGAAUAUACCUCGGUACGACCUCGGCGAACUUCGCUUUCACAGGUAAAGGCAAGAUGGUUGUUUGCGCGGAGACGAAACUCUGGUAUGUUAAUUGGAAUGCGGAAGGUGCGGAUAUAACUUCAAGGGAGUAUACAGGUUGA